AUGGAUAUCGAGACCGAGCUACUCUCGCAGGCGAUGCGACACGCUGAUGCUGACGAUGUGGCACAGAGCUACGAACGGUCGUGGAAGCGGAGUGUGACCAAGUACGAGAAGCAGAGUGAUGCACAAAAGUUCGGUCGCAAUGGACAGUACAGGGAGUUCCGCGAGCAGGUGUGGGAGGUCAACCAUGAGGGCGAGCCAAUGCCAAGUCUGUUUGAGGGUGGCGAGGAUAGCAGUGACGACGACGACCUGGUGGUUUCGGGGGCGCGUCUCACGUACAAAUGCCCGAUCUCGAUGGCGUGGCUGAAUAACCCAGUCACCAGCAGGACGUGCAAGCACAGCUAUUCGAAGGACUCGAUCAUGAGCAUGCUGAGGGCCAGGCAUGGCUCGUGCCCGUGUCCGGUGGCCGGGUGCUCUCACACAGUGAACGUGCGUGAUUUGCAACCAGACAGGCUGCUGGAGCGCAAGGUUGCUAGGCACCUGCGGCAGCUUGAAAUCGAGCAGUCACAGACCGAAUACACGCUGAUCCGGUGA